AUGGAUGGUACACCCAGACCCUCGUCCUCGCAGGGAGGGUCGGUCGAUAUCAAGAUUGAAAGCGCAAGUGCCGCCACUGUUCUCGGCGAUGAGACCCCUUUCAAGAACACUAGCCCCGAGCCUAGUCUGCGCAAUGACUGGAAGUUGCUAUCCCGCUUUCAGGAGCAACACGAACGAGACUUGGCAUCCGGCUUCAAGCGACAGGAACUUGGUGUCACUUGGCAAAACCUCAGUGUCGAUGUCAUCAGCUCUGAAGCUGCCGUCAACGAAAAUGUUCUGUCACAGUUCAACAUGGCCCAGCAAAUUAAAGAUUCACGCAACAAAGCCGCGCUUCGAACUAUUCUGAACAACAGCCAUGGUUGUGUCAAGCCGGGCGAGAUGCUCCUUGUCCUGGGUCGACCAGGCUCGGGUUGCACAACUCUACUGAAGCUGCUAUCAAACCGCCGAGCUGGCUACAAGUCAGUGGAAGGAGAUGUGCGAUUCGGCUCGCUGGCUCCCGAAGAAGCUUCUCAAUACCGUGGCCAGCUCGUGAUGAACACCGAAGAAGAAGUCUUCUUCCCCACCUUGACCGUCGGCCAGACUAUGGACUUUGCGACUCGCCUCAAGGUUCCAUUUCAGCUACCAAAUGGUGUCGAAUCUGCCGAUGCUUAUCGCCAAGAAACUAAAAGGUUUCUACUCGAGUCAAUGAACAUUUCUCACACUGAGGAUACCAAGGUCGGUAACGAAUACGUUCGAGGUGUCUCCGGUGGUGAGCGCAAACGUGUGUCCAUUAUCGAAUGCCUCGCCACCCGAGGCUCCGUUUUCUGCUGGGAUAACUCCACCCGAGGACUGGAUGCCAGCACUGCUUUGGAAUGGACUAAGGCUAUUCGCGCUAUGACCGAUGUUCUCGGUCUCUCGACAAUCGUCACCCUAUACCAAGCCGGUAACGGAAUUUACGAUCUCUUCGACAAGGUUCUCGUUCUCGACGAGGGCGAGCAGAUCUACUACGGUCCCCGAGAACAGGCUCGGCCUUUUAUGGAAGAGAUUGGCUUUGUUUGCCGUGAAGGAUCUAACGUUGGUGAUUUCCUCACUGGUAUUACCGUGCCCACGGAACGCCGUAUUCGCGACGGCUUUGAAAACCGCUUCCCCCGCAACAAAGAUGCCCUGCGGGAGGUGUAUGAAAAAUCCGCCAUUCACGCCCAGAUGAUCACUGAGUACGACUACCCGAACACCGAUGAGGCCCGCGACCGAACCCAAGUCUUUAAGGACGGUGUCGCCUUUGAGACAGCUAAGCAGCUUCCGAAAAACAGCCCUCUGACCGUCAACUUUGUUGAGCAGGUCAAGGCCUGUGUAUCUCGACAGUAUCAAAUCAUUUGGGGAGACAAGGCCACUUUCGUUAUCAAGCAAGUCGCCACAUUGAUACAGGCAUUGGUUGCCGGUUCGCUAUUUUACAGCGCUGCUGACAACUCAAGUGGUCUGUUUAUCAAAUCCGGUGCCAUCUUUUUCUCUUUGCUAUACAAUAGUCUGCUUGCGAUGUCUGAAGUUACAGAUUCGUUUAGCGGCCGUCCCGUCUUGAUCAAGCACAAGGGCUUUGCAUACUUCCAUCCCGCGGCUUUCUGUUUUGCGCAAAUAGCAGCUGAUAUCCCCGUUUUGCUAUUUCAAAUUAGCAUGUUCGGCCUCGUGGUCUACUUCAUGGUUGGCCUGACGAUGUCGGCCGGCGCCUUCUUUACAUACUGGAUCUUGGUGUUUGCAACAACAAUGUGUAUGACUUCUCUCUUCCGUGCCAUCGGUGCCCUUUUCUCCACAUUUGAUGGAGCUUCAAAGGUGUCUGGAUUCUUUAUCUCAGCCCUGGUCAUGUAUACCGGUUAUAUGAUUGCGAAGCCGGAGAUGCAUCCCUGGCUAGGAUGGAUUUUUUGGAUCGACCCCCUGGCUUACGGCUUUGAGGCUCUUCUCUCCAAUGAAUUCCACGGCAAGGUCAUUCCUUGUGCUGGUACUAACCUCGUCCCAUCAGGUACUGGCUAUGAUGAUCCCGCUCAUCAGUCUUGUGCUGGUGUUGGCGGCGCCAUCCAGGGAAGUACUUACGUCACAGGCGACCAGUACCUGUCCUCGCUUUCUUACAGCCACUCCCACCUCUGGCGCAAUUUCGGGAUCAACUGGGCGUGGUGGGUGCUCUUCGUCGUUGUCACAAUCAUCGCUACGAACAAAUGGAAAUCCCCCAGCGAGAGUGGAAGCUCUCUGGUUAUUCCUCGUGAAUGCCUCGAGAAGCACACUCAGGUUGUCAAACCCGACGAGGAGUCUCAGGUCCGGGAAAAGUCAAAAAGACCCUCCGGUUCCGGUGCCGUCGAGCACAGCGAGAUUAACCAGCAGCUUGUUCGGAACACCUCUGUUUUCACCUGGAAGAAUCUAAAAUAUACUGUGAAGACCCCUACCGGUGACCGUAUUCUCCUCGAUGACGUUUUUGGGUGGGUGAAGCCUGGUAUGCUGGGCGCCUUGAUGGGUUCAUCCGGUGCUGGAAAGACCACUCUACUUGAUGUUUUGGCGCAACGCAAAACCGAUGGUGUUAUCAAUGGUUCUAUUCUGGUUGAUGGUCGUGAGCUUCCUAUUUCCUUCCAGCGCUCUGCUGGAUAUUGUGAGCAACUCGAUGUUCUUGAGCCUUUCGCCACAGUCCGUGAAUCUUUGGAGUUCUCGGCUCUGCUCCGCCAGGCCGGGAAUGUUCCUCGCGAGGAGAAGCUGAAAUAUGUCGAGACUAUUAUUGAUCUUCUAGAGCUGCACGAUUUGGCCGAUACUCUGAUCGGUUACGUCGGCGCUGGUUUGAGUGUUGAGCAGCGUAAGCGUGUCACUAUCGGUGUUGAGCUUGUUUCCAAACCUAGCAUUCUGAUAUUCCUGGACGAACCCACUUCCGGUCUUGAUGGACAGUCUGCUUAUAAUACCGUCCGAUUCCUACGGAAGCUUGCGGAUGUCGGCCAGGCUGUUUUGGUUACUAUUCACCAGCCGUCCGCUCAACUGUUUGCUGAAUUCGAUACUCUUCUUUUGCUCACCAGGGGGGGUAAGACUGUCUAUUUCGGUGAUAUUGGCGACAAUGCGCAGACAGUCAAGGGCUACUUCCAACGCUACGGCGCUCCUUGCCCUAGCGAAAUCAACCCCGCUGAACACAUGAUUGACGUCGUCUCUGGACACCUUAGCCAAGGCAAAGACUGGAACCAGGUUUGGCUUGAAUCACCAGAGCACCACAAGGCACUCGAGGAGCUUGAUGAGAUUGUCAACACUGCUGCAUCCAAUCCCCCCGGCACCACCGAUGACGGCUGCGAGUUUGCCACUACUAUUGUAGAGCAGACUAAGCUUGUGACACUCCGCAUGAGCACUGCUCUCUUCCGUAACACCGACUACGUUAACAACAAGUUCGCUCUUCACAUUUCCUCUGCCUUGUUCAACGGAUUCUCUUUCUGGAUGAUCGGUGAUAGCGUUAGUGCUAUGCAACUGCGCCUCUUCACUAUCUUCAACUUUAUCUUUGUCGCCCCCGGUGUCAUCAACCAGUUGCAACCUCUCUUCUUGGAGCGUCGUGCUAUCUAUGAGCAGCGUGAGAAGAAGUCCAAGAUGUAUUCAUGGUGGGCGUUUGUGACUGCCCUUGUGGUGUCCGAGAUCCCCUAUCUCUGCAUUUGCGCUGUGUUGUACUUCGUGUGCUGGUACUGGACCAUUGGUGGAGUCACCGCUGCCUCCAAGUCCGGCUCGACCUUCUUCAUGAUGCUCCUCUACGAGUUCGUCUACACUGGCAUUGGCCAAUUUGUUGCUGCUUACGCCCCGAACGCUACUUUCGCCUCUCUGGUCAAUCCCUUACUCAUCGGUACUCUUGUUUCCUUCUGUGGUGUCCUGGUUCCCUACACCCAGAUCCAAGCAUUUUGGAGGUAUUGGAUUUAUUGGAUGAAUCCCUUCAACUACCUCAUGGGUGGCCUUCUCGUAUUCAAUGUCUGGGACACUGAGGUGAACUGCAAGGAGGAGGAGUUCGCCGUCUUCAAUCCUGCCAACGGAACCACUUGCGGAGACUACCUCAAGUCUUACAUGGAGACCACAGGGUCGCGCAUGAACCUGGUCAAUCCCCUUGCGACAGAAUCUUGCAAGGUAUGUCAGUACACUCACGGAAGCGACUACCUUUACAACCUCAACCUGAAGGAGUACUAUUACGGCUGGCGCGACGUCGGCAUUGUUGCCAUUUUCGUUGUCAGCUCGUAUGGUAUGGUUUACCUGUUGAUGAAGCUGCGGACCAAAGCCUCAAAGAAGGCUGAGUGA